AUGGAAUCAAAUCCUGCAUCGCCAGCGCUCUCUGCAGCCGAUGCUAACGCAAACUCAUCUCAGUGGGAUGAGAUCGAGGCCAAUUACUUCGCCUCGAUGCGCGAGCAUCGGGAGAAAGAAGACCAAGAUCUUGAGGCUGAAUUCGGCGCCAAAAUAGAUGCCAUCAAGCAGGAGAUGAUAGAGAAUUAUAAUGCCCAGGCCAAGUUGCUCAAGGAGCUGCAGGCUUUAAGAGAUGCGUACACUGAGCGCCAGGGCGCUCUAAAAGCUCUUGAGGGCGAGUUCAACUCUGCUCGCGAGGCUCUUGCUGCCAAGCGUGCUGAGGAGGAUGAGAAACGGCGGGCGUGGUUCAAGACGUUCCGGAGAGGAGGGUUGGCUUACCGCUCGGCUGAUGAGGUUCCAGCUGAGAAGGGCGGUCAGCCAGAUGGGUCAGCAUCUGAAGACAAAGAAGAUAAUAAUGAGAGCAAGUCUAACCACGAGGAGGAGCCACUCAAGUCAAAGAAAAAUACACAGACUGUCUCCCAGGCCGCUUGGGAUAGCAAUGCUACUACCGUUUCCCCUCAGGAACAUGCUGAUGGCGAACAGCAGCAAGUCGCAGAGGAAAUGGAGAUUGAAAAGGCUGGGCCUCAAGCUUCUAAUCAGGAUAAGAUGGAUGGGGUUGAGGCCACCGAUGCGAACGAACAAGUCGUUUCUGAAACCCAAUUGCGAGCCAAGCAAGCUGCUAGCUCAGAGCAACUUACAGAUAACCAGAAGUCAGCAGGACAAACCGAUGGGGACGUUGAGAUGAAGGAUGCCCAAGCUCCCGCAGAAGAUGACAAAGACAAGCCGGAUACCGACAGCGCCAACAAUCCGAAGCCCUCCGAUGACACUUCUUCACGGCCUGUCCCUCCUCCCAUCUCGGUCCCCUCACCAGCGUCAUCAUCAGAACUCAGCUUCCGUCAAACCACCCCAGAACUGGACACCCCCGUGUCACUCCCCGGCAGAGACCCUAGUCCGGCUCCGCAAGAAAAGCCACCCGGCAGGUCCGGUCCUGACAAGGUCAUUACCAUCGUCAAUGGCCAAAGCGACAUAAUCGGCAUGAUGCCCCUCACGGAAUCGAGCAACCCUCUCGCGAACCGCGUCAUCCAGCGGCCCGUCAAGCGGGACGUCCAGCUACGUUCCAUUCGCAAGCUCUCGGCCCACGAUUUAGAGGUUAUUUCCCGCCCGUCGGCCGCCGACAUGAAGGCUGUCAAGUGGCUUGGCUUUUACAUUCAGGCGACUGGUGAAGUGCAGGGACAACCAUGCUUCAAUUGUGGGACAGACGAGGGGCCGUUCCAGGAGUGUGUGAGAGUUGAUGACCCGGAGUUACGGAGGUGUGGGAAUUGUGAGUGGACGAAUAGCAGGUGUGAGGGGGCUGAUCUGGUGCCGAGGCCACGGUCAAGGCAUUCGGCCAAAUUGUCGCCAGUCAAGGUGUCUGGAUUUACGGCUGUUAAUAGUAGUGCCGUGGCGGCCAAGAAGACGAAGGCAGAAACCGAGGACGUGAAUGGUAAAGAGGGAGAGGCUGAAGCACCGCCUGUCAAGAAGCCUCGGAAGUCUUUGCCGACGAGCAGGAAGUUGUUCCUUCAGCCGUCUACUCCCAGUGGCCCUACUGCGAGCGCAGUGUCAAAGCCUGUGAUGUCUGCUGAAGAGGAGCUGCCUGAGAUCACGAAGGAAAACCUCUGUCUUCGCGACAACGGUGUUGUUUUUACCGAUCCGCCUCUCAUGCGUGGCGUUCCCCUCGAGAAGAUUAGCCCAGAGCAUCCCUACUGGGAGGAGAGCUGGAAGAACAUUGAAGAGCUCGUUACUCCUCAGAUGGAGAAGUACCAAAAGCGGUUUGAAGAGCUUGACAAGAUUGGGUCCAAGCAUCGCGAUAAGCACUUGGCAAACCGGGAUGCGAAACGCGGUCGGACGAUCCUCAGGUUCCUACGGGAGGGCGAGUUUCAUCCUUACCAGCUGGUCGCUAAAAAGUACGUCACUCCCAAGCUGACCAACUACGAUACUCUCUUCCGGAUGGCGCAGUUGAUCCUUGAAGAGCUGCCUAAGUUCAAUCUGGACGUCACCCCGUCUCAAUGGCUGCGGCACCGUAUCUGGGAGGUGUCUCAAGAGCAGGGGGAGAAGUUCAACCUUGCCGCUUGGCUUGAGAAGGCCUACAAUGACCCCAAGAUCGAGCAGAUCCGCAAGAAGUGCGGCUUCCACAGCGUUGGGCGGCCCCCUGUGCACCGCAUGUCAAAGGGCGCUGACACUCCUGGAAGUACCGGCGGGAGUGCUAGGAAGGCGGCGCAGCCUCGGCCAUUGAAGCGCAAGGAUCUGCAUUCAAUGCCUACAAAGAAGGAAGAAGCUGGGGAGGGUGACAGCAUGAUGGUGGAUGAGCCGCCUGCUUCGGCGACGCAGCAGCAGGACAAGGGCAAGGGAAAGGUGAUCAAGCUGGUAAUUCCAGCAGAGGAUAACGAGGGAAGUGGUCCCAACAGCGCCGGAACGAAUGUCAGCGAUACCCCUUCGUUUAAGAAGCCUCGUGUCAUGCUCACUAUGCCACUCGAGCCUGAAGACAAAGACCAUGAGGGCGACCGCGAGGAUGAAGAUGGCAACGAUAAUAAGGAAAACGAGAAGGAAAACGAGAAGGAAAACGAGAAGGAAAACGAGAAGGAAAACGAAAAGGAAAAGACCAAGGACAAGGAGAGAGACUUCCAGUACACUACCACACCCGCUGCAGCCUCACCGGGAGAGGGACCAGUCUCCCCGACGGCCUCAGCCUUCGAGCAUGACGGCUAUACAUCCACUGACUCUAUCUCCAAGGAUAACCUCAUGGAGAUCGACUGGCGUGUACACCAGGUCAAGACGAGACUGAUUGCCAGCAACACUCGCGUAACACAAUACUGGCACUGGUUGGGCGGAAACGAAGGGUUCUUCGAGCACCAAGUUCUCCGGUCAGUGCGCCCGCCCAAGUGGUCCGUCUUCAAGGAUCCGUACGAUUUUCAUUUGCGAGUGAUCAACAUGGACAGGGUGGUUUUUGCACGCGGGUCGAAGUACGUGGUGAUCGUCUCCAAGCAACAGAAGGAAAAGCAGGGGAAAGGGCAUCGAAAGGGCGGCAGUAAAGAUCAUGGAGCCGGUCACGGUGCCGGAAGUGAUCGGGGCGAUGUCAUGGCGAAGUUUAAGAGAGAGAGGACCAAGAGGAGGUUUUUGAAGUUCCUUCAGGGUCAAGGGGUUAAGUUGGAAGAGGUGAGCGUGGACAAAAUUGAGAGCAUGUGGAAUUCUCUGAACCCUGAGACGUUGCCAUGUGGCGACGAGGACUGA